GUUCGGGCUCCGUGUGUGUUUUGUCACUUGAAAAAUCCCAAAGAUGUCGACGGACGAAUUUUGGAAAUCGAAGAUAGCAGAAGUGUCCUCGACACUGGAGAGGGCGGACCCAAAGCCGGCGAUAUCGUGCCACGAUCUUACAGCGAGCGCGCUCGCGAGCACGAUCGACCACACCCUGCUCCGGCCGGACGCGACGCGCGACCAGGUCGCCGAGCUGUGCGACGAGGCCGUCCGGUACGGCUUCGCGGCGGUCUGCGUGCGCGUCGACUUCGUCGCCCUCGCCGUCGCCCGGCUCCAAGACGCGCCCGCGACCAAGGUGGCCUGCGUGGUCGGCUUCCACGAGGGCACGCACGCCACCGCCGCCAAGGUCGCCGAGGCGCAGGCCGCCGUCGCAGCUGGCGCCGCCGAGCUCGACGUCGUGCUCAACCGCGAGACGGUGCAGGCCGGGACGCUGGCGAGCGCGCACGAGGAGCUGAAGGCGCUCCGGUCGGCCGCGCCGCCGCCCGUCGUCCUGAAGCUGAUCCUUGAGACCAGCCAGCUGAGCAGGGACGAAGUGAUUGCCGCAACUGUCAUCGCCGGAUACGCAGGCUUCGAUUUUGUCAAGACGAGCACGGGCUUUUGCGGCCGCGGGGCGAGCGUCGAAGACGUGCUGCUCAUGAACAGAGUCGCCACGGCACUCAGUCAGAGGGACGACCUGGGCGAGUUCAAAGGCGUGAAGAUGAAGGUCAAGGCCAGCGGGGGCGUGAGAAGUCUUGAAGACGCGAAGAAGAUGCUCGACGCGGGCGCGGAGCGCAUCGGCACGAGUGGUGGCAUCAGGAUCAUGAAGGACUACUUGGGGGAAGGCAGUUCAGAGCCUGCAGGUAGUGGCUACUAGGGGGCGUAGUUCAGAAUUCGUACGUUUACCAUUUCCUUGAUGGCGAAGCAUGAAUGGCUAUUCUUACAACGCCUUGCCAUGCGUCCUUUCUAUCAAUAUUGACCAGCCGUUCUUGU